UUCCUCGAUGUUUCAGACGAUGUCGGAAGCCCAGUGUUUCGAGUGAAAGGAGACGUUAAGCAGCCUGUCUGCUUAUGGGGAGUCGUUAAACACAGUCCGUCAUACUGCGGUAAGCCCGAACAACCGAUAGCGGCGUCGAGGAUUGCCUUUUACACUGAGUAUUUCAAUCGAGAACCGAACCCCAAUUAUGGUGCAUCUGGUCGAGUUAAAGUUGAAAGUCAAGAGGUCAAGGAUAUAGAAAGUUGGACCUUGUUUUUAGAGACAACUUCAAUUACGUCCAGCUCUACAACUAGCUCGACAACUAGCUCGAUAACUAGCUCGACAACUGAUUCGACAACUAGCUCUACAGUUAGCCCGACAACUAGCUCGACAACCAGUUCGACAAGUAGCUCUACGAGUAGCCUGACAAUUAGUUCGACAAGUAGCUCUACAAGUAGCCCGACAACUAGCUCGACAACCAGUUCGUCAAGUAGCUCUACAAGUAGCCCGACAACUAGCUCGACAACCAGUUCGACAAGUAGCUCUACAAGUAGCCCGACAACUAGCUCGACAACCAGUUCGACAAGUAGCUCUACAAGUAGCCCGACAACUAGCUCGACAACCAGUUCGACAAGUAGCUCUACGAGUAGCCCGACAAUUAGUUCGACAAGUAGCUCUACAAGUAGCCCGACAACUAGCUCGACAACCAGUUCGUCAAGUAGCUCUACGAGUAGCCCGACAACUAGCUCGACAACCAGUUCGACAAGUAGCUCUACAAGUAGCCCGACAACUAGCUCGACAACCAGUUCGACAAGUAGCUCUACAAGUAGCCCGACAACUAGCUCGACAACCAGUUCGACAAGUAGCUCUACGAGUAGCCCGACAAUUAGUUCGACAAGUAGCUCUACAAGUAGCCCGACAACUAGCUCGACAACCAGUUCGACAAGUAGCCCGACAACUAGCUCGACAACCAGUUCGACAACUAGCUCUACAAGUAGCCCGACAACUAGCUCGACAACCAGUUCGACAAGUAGCUCUACAAGUAGCCCGACGACUAGCUCGACAACCAGUUCGACAAGUAGCUCUACGAGUAGCCCGACGACUAGCUCGACAACCAGUCCGACAAGUAGUCAAACAACUAGCUCGACAACUAGUUUGUCAACGUUAUCAACACAGAAUCCAACAGUAGACACUAAGGCAGUUGAACAUGUCACAGAAUCGACUACUACCAUCACAUCACUUGACCCGACCAGCAAUGCGACAUCGGAAACAACGUAUGAAACGACUUCUGGAAAAACUACUAGCAGAACGACAUUGGAUACGACCAAUGAUACGACUUCUGAUGCGACAAGAGUCACAACUUCCGAAGCGUUUUUCGAAGCAACGGAUAUAGUGUCAUCAGAAACGAUAACUAUGACAGACUACUUAGAGGAAGAAGAAGAUGGGGAAUAUACUACUAUCGAGGAAGCAAAGAAUCGGGGAAUCACUGGAGCAUUUUCAUGCGGUGCUCAGUGGACUAGCAGCGAGUUGUGCUUUUGGGGAAUUGGAAAGUAG